AUGCUUCCAAUCUUGACACUUGCACUGCUGCUGGGAACAGUAGUAGGAAAAGAACUCUGCUUCCAAAGACUUGGCUGCUUCAGCGAUGAAGCCCCAUGGGCAGGAAUUGUGGAAAGACCCCUCAAAAUUUUGCCCUGGAGUCCCAAAGAGGUCAACACCCGCUUCCUCCUCUACACCAAUGAGAACCCAAACGCCUUUCAAGUAAGAGAACUUGUUGCAGAUCCAUCAACUAUUGAGGUCUCCAAUUUCAAAAUGGACAGAAAAACCCGCUUCAUUAUUCAUGGAUUCAUAGACAAGGGCGAAGAAAGCUGGCUGGCCAAUAUGUGCAAGAACAUGAUCCAGGUGGAAAGCGUGAACUGCAUUUGUGUGGAUUGGAAAAGUGGUUCCCGGACGGCGUACACGCAGGCCUCCCAGAACAUCCGGAUCGUGGGGGCAGAAGUGGCUUAUUUUAUUAAUGUCCUCCAGUCAUCAUUUGGAUACUCCCCCUCCAAUGUCCACAUCAUCGGCCACAGCCUGGGUUCCCAUGCUGCUGGGGAGGCAGGAAGGAGGACCAAUGGGACAGUUGGACGGAUCACAGGGUUGGAUCCAGCUGAACCUUGCUUUGAGGGGACACCUGAAUUAGUCCGAUUGGACCCCAGUGAUGCCCAGUUUGUGGAUGUAAUUCAUACAGACGCCGCCCCAAUAAUCCCCAACAUGGGAUUUGGAAUGAGCCAAAAAGUGGGACACCUGGAUUUCUUUCCCAAUGGAGGAGUCCACAUGCCCGGAUGUAAGAAGAACAUUCUCUCUCAGAUUGUUGACAUAGAGGGGAUCUGGGAAGGCUCACGUGACUUUGUUGCCUGUAACCACCUGAGAAGCUACAAGUAUUACGCCAAUAGCAUCCUCUACCCCAACGGCUUCACUGGAUUCCCCUGUGCCUCAUACAGCGCUUUCACUGCGAACAAGUGCUUCCCCUGUCCAAGUGAAGGCUGCCCGCAGAUGGGUCAUUAUGCUGACAGAUUUCCUGGGAAAACAAAGGAAGUAGGCCAGAGCUUUUAUCUAAACACUGGUGAUGCCAGCAAUUUUGCCCGCUGGAGGUAUAAGGUGACCAUUACUCUGUCUGGGAAGAAGGUGAGAGGACAUGUGCUAGUUUCUUUAUUUGGAGAAAAAGGAAACUCCAAGCAGUAUGAAGUUUUCAAGGGCGUUCUCCGACCAGACAGUAUUCAUUCCAAUGAAAUUGACUCAGAUGUGGAUGUUGGAGAUUUGCAGACGGUUAAAUUUGUUUGGUAUAACAAUAUCAUCAACCCAACUCUCCCCAAAGUGGGAGCAUCCCAGAUCACAGUGGAAAGAAAUGAUGGAAAACUGUACAACUUCUGUAGUCAGUCAACUGUAAGGGAGGAUGUGCUGCUCACCCUUACUCCAUGUUAGGAGCCUGC